GAGAUACAGGAAGCGGAUGAGCCUCUCUCUCUGUCUCUUCCCCCCGCCCUCCAUCUGUGGGAGUCGCGAGCGGGCAGGAAGGCGGGCGCCGGGCGGCGGUUGGUGAGGAAGAGGAGCAGGAGGAAGAGGAGCAGGCGGAGGAGGGCUUUCCUGUUUUGAGGCAAGGGCUGGCAGGGAAGGAAGGAAAGAGGGGAAAGAAAGGUGUGGCGUCGAAGUCGAAGGAGCCAUGGCUUGGAGCGGAUGCGGGAGCCGGGGCUGAGUGCCCUCUCAGCUCAUGGAAGCCACCCCGGCGGUGGCAGCAGCAGCAGCAGCAGCACCAACAGCAGCCCAAGAGGUCGCCGCGGCUCCUGAAGGGCCCUUGGGAGAGGACGAAGAGGAGGAGGAAGAGGAAGGCGACGACGACGACGACGAGGAGACAACACCGGUCGUCUACACCAUGGAGAACAAGCCCAUCGUGACCUGUGCUGGUGAUCAGAAUCUCUUCAGUUCUUUGUAUCCCAUACUUUCCCAGCAGCUUCCAAGAGAACCAAUGGAAUGGAGGAGGUCUUAUGGACGUGCUCCUAAGAUGAUUCAUCUAGAAUCUAAUUUUGUACAAUUUAAAGAAGAACUACUACCUAAAGAAGGAAACAAAGCUCUUCUGACAUUUCCUUUUCUUCAUAUUUAUUGGACAGAAUGCUGUGAUACUGAAGUUUACAAAGCUACAGUAAAGGAUGAUAUCACCAAGUGGCAGAAUGUUCUGAAAGUUCACAGCUCUAUGGACUGGUUAAUUGUGGUGGUAGAAUGUGAUGCCAAGAAAAAAAACAAAACAAAUAUUCUUCCACGAACAUCUAUAGUAGAUAAAAUAAGAAAUGACUUUUGCAACAAGCAGAGUGACAGAUGUGUGGUACUGUCUGACCCUUUGAAAGACUCAUCUCGCUCUCAAGAAUCCUGGAAUGCCUUCUUGACAAAACUCAGGACACUGCUUCUCAUGUCCUUUACCAAAAAUCUAGGUAAAUUUGAGGAUGAUAUGCGAACUUUGAGGGAGAAGAGGACAGAACCAGGAUGGAGUUUUUGUGAAUAUUUUAUGGUUCAGGAAGAAUUGGCCUUUGUCUUUGAAAUGCUGCAACAAUUUGAAGAUGCUCUGGUGCAAUAUGAUGAGCUGGAUGCCCUGUUCUCACAGUAUGUUGUCAACUUUGGUGCUGGUGAUGGGGCAAAUUGGCUGACCUUUUUCUGCCAGCCAGUGCGAAGCUGGAAUGGGCUGAUUCUUCGUAAACCAAUUGACAUGGAGAAAAGAGAACUGAUUCAGAACCAGGAAGCUACUCUGUUAGACCUGCGCAGUUACCUCUUUUCUAGGCAAUGCACAUUGUUAAUCUUUCUUCAGAGGCCAUGGGAGGUGUCUCAGCGAGCACUAGAACUUCUCCACAACUGCAUUCAAGAGCUAAAGCUCCUUGAAGUAUCGGUUCCUCCUGGCGCUUUGGACUGUUGGGUUUUUUUGAGCUGUUUGGAGGUUUUGCAGAGAAUAGAAGGUUGCUGUGAUCGGUCUCAAAUGGAUGCCAAUGUAUCUCACAUGGUUGGCCUAUGGAGUUACGCCACUGAAAAGUUGAAGUCUCUGGGUUACUUGUGUGGGCUUGUGUCAGAAACAGGCCCCAAUUCAGAAGAUCUUAACAGAACAGUUGAUCUCCUAGCAGGGCUUGGAGCUGAACGCCCUGAAACAGCCAAUACAGCACAGUCUCCUUAUAAGAAACUCAAAGAGGCACUAUCAUCUGUAGAAGCUUUUGAAAAGCAUUACUUAGAUCUUUCCCAUGCCACAAUUGAGAUGUAUAAAAACAUUGGAAGAAAUCGGUCAGCAAAGCUUGUUGGAAAGGAUCUGGCAGAGUUUUAUAUGAAGAAGAAGAGUCCCCAAAAGGCUGAAGUUUAUCUUCAAGGAGCAUUAAAAACCUACCUUGCUGAAGGAUGGUCCUUGCUCAUUACGCAUACACGGAAACAAUUAGCAGAAUGUCAAAAACACCUUGGACAGGUUGAAAACUAUCUCCAAACGAGCAGUCUUUUAGCUGGUGAUAAUAACUUAACGGAAGAAGAACGCAAACACUUUUGCCAAGAAAUACUAGAUUUUGCCAAACAGCCCUCUGACGAAGGCCAGAAAGUUAUACUGUCAAUGCAUUCCUUUGCACAGCUGAAGAAUCUGCAUUUUGACCCUCCUAAUGCUUUGGUCCAUGUGGGUGGAACACUAUCUAUUGUACUGACACUGGCAAAUCAGAUGCCUAUCUCAGUGAACGUGGAUCAGAUUGCAAUUAAUGUCCAUUUCAGCAUUGAAAAAAAUAGUUACCGGAAGACAGCUGAAUGGCUUACAAAACACAAGACUUCCAAUGGUAUUAUCAGCUUUCCAAGUGAAGUUGUAGGUCUCUCUCUGGCAAGAAGUAGCUUGCCAAUGCUGGAGUUGUAUGAGAUGUAUGAAAAGAGCCCCUCGGAUAAUUCUUUGAACACAACAGGCAUCAUCUGCAAAAAUGUGCACAUGCUGUUGCGAAGGCAAGAGAGCAGCUCUUCUCUGGAAAUAUCCACAGGGCUGACUCUGGAGGAUGGUGCCCACAUGUUAAAAUGUAGCAACUUAAUACUGGAACCAGGGGUCAAUAAAAUAACUUUCAGAACCCAGGGCAAAGAACCUGGGACAUACACACUCAGGCAGUUAUGCAUUUCAGUGGGUAAAAUGCAGUUUGCCCUUCCCCACAUUUACCCAAUUGUGCAGUAUGAUGUCUACUCUCAGGAGCCACAAUUAAAAGUUGAACCUUGUACUGAUAGUCUUUUGGCUGGGAUUCCUCAGAAGAUAAAAUUUACAGUUACGACUGGCCAUUACACCAUAAAGAAUGGAGAUACUUUACAGCUAAGCAAUGCUGAUGCCAUGCCAGUCUUGUACCAUCCAGAGAGCAAAGCUGUGAUUUACUCAAACACUAAAGAAAAGACAUCAGAGGCAUCACUAACUAUUCAGUCAUCUGAGAAAAUCACAAGCAUCAACUUACCAAUGGCUCCUGCAUAUCACAUGAUAGCUUUUGAGCUUGAAGUUUUGUACUUGCCCUCAACCCCAAUAUGUAUGAUGGAAAAUGAGAAUCUACCUAGUAAAGAACCUAGGAGAAAAAGCAAAGGGAAAGAGAUAUCUCAUAAUUGCAUGGCUACAAUUGACCAAAAGGUAACCAUUGAUUGUCCUUGGUCAAUUUACUCCACCAUUAUUGCUCUUACAUUCAGUAUACCCUUUAAGGCCAAACAUUCCUUAUUAUCAGCAGGCAAAAGGAAAUAUAUACAAGUUUGUGUGCAGAACAUGUCAGACAUCUCUUUUCAGUUAUCUGAGAGUAAUCUCAAAAGUUCUGAAAUUUGUACGGAUUUAAGUCUUGAACCUCUAAAUUCCAAAACUGAGCAGCAUAUUCACAGCAAGCAAGCAGUAUUUUUUAUAUGGGAAUUAAAAUGGGCAAAGGAACCUCCAUCCUCCUUGCAGUGCCAGUUCUCAAUGAGCUUUUGCUCAGCACCCUCUGAGGAGCACUCACUUUCUCUGAAGCCAUACACUUAUGAAUUCCAGUUGGAAAACUUUUUUACAUUAUACAAUGUGAAAGCUGAGAUUUCCCCCCCAUUGGAGACAGAAUAUUGUAAAACCGGUUCACUCUGCUCAUUGGAGAUACUGAUAACCCGGCUUUCAGACCUUCUUGAUGUUGAUAAAGAUGAAGGGUUAACAGAAUCUGAUGGAUACUGUACGACAAAAUUAAUGUAUGAAGUUGUAGACAACAGCAGUAACUGGGCAGUCUGUGGAAAAAGCUCAGGAGUAAUAUCUAUGCCAGUUGCUGUUCAAGCAACCCACAAAGUCCACAUGGAAGUAAUGCCACUUUUUGCUGGAUAUCUCCCUUUCCCAGAUGUCAGACUGUUUAAAUACCUCCCACAUCAUUCUGCUCACUCAAUGCAGCUUGAUGCUGAUAGCUGGAUUGAAAAUGAUAAUCUCUCUGUGGACAAGAACAUGGAUGACCAAGCUGACAGCAGUAGCAUCAAGAGCAGGGGCAGCAUACAUUCAGCAGCCAGUGCCGAACAUAAGGGGUUGCCGAUGCCCCGACUUCAGUCCUUUUCCCCUGGACAAGUUUUCAAUUCCAGCUCUGGCAUGCAAAUCCUUGUUAUUCCCAGCAAGGACGAUCAUAUUCUGGAGGUCAAUGUCACAUGACAACUCUCUUUUGCCGUGUAGAGAUAUGCACAUGAAACUUGAACAUGAAUGCACUUUAAGGGAUCAUAACCUGAUCAUUCUUCAAUGAAACAUUCUAACGCUAGCAAGGUCUAUGACAACUCAACCCUCUCUGGCCUUGGAAGCAUCGGACCGUUGUAUCGAUUUAAAUGUACAGUGAUGCCUGUGCUGAUUAGUUUAUAUCGCUACUUUGGGGUGUUUGUGUAAAAUGGAUUUUGGGUUUAUUUCCCCCCUAUGUCAUCUCACUGUUGAAAUAAAUUUGCUUGCUGCAGUUGGUUCUUUUAAAUUAGAGCAGUUUCCAAUACUGCUAUUUCCUUGGGAGUAGUAAUAUGUUCAAACAAAUAUUUCAGCUUGACAUACAGCAUAAGCCUUGCAGUGUGGUUGCUGAUGACUGAAAUGUGUGCCUUUCUUGUCACACGUCUGUCUGGUUUCCUGGACCAGGAUAACUUUACAAAUCUCUGUAUAAUAGAAUGGAUGAUUCUUUAAUCCCAUAGCUUUCUGCAAGAUUUUAAAUAGCGUGUGUAUAUAUUUUCUUGAAGACUUAACUUCUGUGCCUUGGGAUAUAUGAAACUUAUUAGCCCACUAGCACUCUUGAAUUCAUCCCAUAUAGAGAGCCAUUACUUAAACUCACUGAGGGGAAAUGUACACACAUACACACUUACCUUGAGUAAUGAAGCGGCACAUAAGUGGUUAAGUCCAUAAAGGUUCACUGGACUAAGCUUUCCCCCACAAGAUGGAUACAGAAAUGAUUACAAGUCACUAUGCUGAGUCUGACUAAAUCGCUUUUUUAAUGCAGCAUUUCAUGUGUUAUUUUUAAAUACCAAAGUUUGUUUUUUCCCCAACUUCUGUUAACUUAUUAUGGACAACAGAGCCAUAUGUGUAUUUGCACCUUAUCCUAGAAUAAUUUUGAGAAGCAUCAGAUAAAGGCAAGGGUCACAGACUUUUCCGGUCAGGUUAUGGGGAAAUGUAAGGUCCUGUUUAAACUUCUUUUGGUCCAGCAAACUGCAGCUACACCAUGCCAACUGAUUAGUUUUCAGUUGUAAAUUUACUGUCAAAUGAUUAUUUUAAAAAGUCUAAACUAACCUAAUUGAUGUAAUGUUUGUGUAUAAUUUGAUCCACAAAUCAAGGACAAAAUAAAUGUGUUUUUAUUGGUGUGAAAGUCAAAGCUUGUAAAUAGGUCUAGUGUGUAGAACCUUUUCCAGUUCUCAGAAACUAUGUAUUUUUGUACAUAAGCAUUUCUCUAAAAUUAACUGUUAGAAUUCUAGCUGCUGUCCAUGCCUUUACAGGCUUACACUAUUACUUUUUUCUUGCAAUAUAUGUAGCCAUUCUGUGAGCACUCUCUCAUUCAUAUGAACAAACUUUGUAGGAAUGAGAAUCCAUGAUGGCUUCCAUAGAUUUUAAUAUCGCAGGGGACAGUAAGACAGUAAAAAUACACAUCCCUCAGAUAAUUUGUUUUUGUGUGACGUUUGCAUUCCAAUAUUGUGUGUCUCUUGUUAAUUCUUGAUGAUUUUAAUAGCAAUUAAAGUUUAUUUUAGAAGCAGUAAAGCAAGUCACAUAUUUUUAGAGGCAGUGAAACAAGUCACACAUUUCCAAGUUUCCAAUAAACUUCUCAAAGUAUAUUGAUGUUGAAAUUUGAUAAUAUUUAAAAUAGAAAUGGAAAGUUGUUUUUGCCCCAGAUUAGGAAUUUGCACUUGGAUUUCUGUAUUAUUUUAGUUAUGCUCUUGAAAUCACUACUGAAGGUUGGGUGGCUGUUCCCCCCUUUAUUUGCCUAGGAAAUAUGCACAAGUUCUGAAACACAUUUUCAGUAAAAAUUAAUGAGAUCACAAAAUGUCUGUACGCACUUCAGCUUCCUAUUUAAACUAUAGAAUUUAUUUAAACUGGAAAUAGUCUUAUAUUAAAAAUUGUGAACAGAUGUUUGAAACUAAAAGUGAAUUUUGAACAUGAUGAACAACUUGAUUUCCUGUGAAAACUCUUAAAAGCAAGAGGUUUCUUUAUGAAUUGCUAUGGAUAAGUUUUUUCCUGCAUUGGUUUUCAAACAUUUUCACAUUUAUACUGAAAUUAUGGACUUCAGUAAAAUACAACAGAUGCAUAGUCUUAAUUGUUAUUUGAUGAGAUACUUGUGUAUAGAAGGGAAGGCUUCUGGGUGAACACUGUAAAUAAUUGAUUCAAUAUGUCCUAUCUGAAAAAAAAUUACAGAUGCUAUUUAUAGAUAUCUUUCAAGCUUGUAAAUACCAAAUGAUUUAAAGGAGUAUAAUUUUUGUGAAUUUCACAGAUUUAUUCGUGACUGGAAAAAUUAACUCCUCUGAAAAUUGUUGGACUUCAUGUGAUAUUUCUGGAAUUUCCUACUUGCAGUUCUAUAAAAUCCUUUUAUACUUCAUAGAGGAUUAAGUUAGAAAAGCAAAUAGGAAAGAAAAGAUAUCCAGAAACACUAUUACCCAAUUUUAUUUCUGAUUGAAAGUGGUGCCAUAAAACUUGGGGAAUAAACUGUCAAUUAAAAAAGCUAGUGAUAAAGUGAAUAAAAAUCCUGAGUAUUUUAAAGAAA